GGUGAAUAUAUGGGCGUAUUACAACCAUGCUAGCUCAAGCUUGGGGGUCGGCGAGCUUGCUGUGCUCCCGCGCAAAUGCCAAUUCCCUGCUCAGGGCCGUGCGAGCCAGCGAGGUGCCCUACAUCAGCAUCUUGGACGCCGACUCAGGUCUUGCUGGCGGUGCGGAGGGCUCGCGCCAUGCCAGUAACGUGGCCGGCCCCGCCGCUGACUCCAGGCACUCGGACGCUGCGCGCCUGCCGGUCGCCCUCCAACUCGGCCGCUGCGCCUCGGUCCCGCUCAGCCUGCCAGUCGCGCUCUUCACCGCGCCGGGGUCCUGCAGCUCACUCACUGUCAUAGUCGGCGCAUCUGGGUGUGCCCACGGCCCUCCUGCUGUUGCCGCUCGGAGCUACAGCACCGACGGCCUCAACGGCAAGGGCCAGCCCGCCACCGCCUCACCCGCGUCGCCACCCACUCGUGCCGGCGCUGGCGGCAGCGGCAAUGGUGGUGGUAAUGGUGGUGCAGGCGCCAGCGGCCGGGGCGCACGCGAACAGCGUCUUGCUAGGCAGCUCGACCAGGCAGCCCGACAGCCGCGCUCGACCAGCGCCGCCGGCGGGCAGGACCGGCCAGGCCCGCGCGACUCCUCGGGAGGCGUGCAGGGCGGCGGCCGCACGGCCAACCAUGAGCGGCCUUGGUCGCAGCACGGCAGCCGGACACCGCACAGGGUGCAGCCGCAGCCGGAGGCGCAGCCGCCGGGCCAGCAGGUGAAGCCACGUCACCUGCCAGGGCCGCGGCGCAGCCACAGCCAGCAGAAACAGCAGCAGCAGCAGCAGCAGCAGCUAUCCGUGAGCGCGGCCGCGCCGUCCGCGCCGCCCGCUCAAGCCGCAUCAGCACGGGCAGCUGCGCCAGCCGCUGCCGCCGCCGCUGGACCUGCGGCUCACGCCGUGUCGGGAGCUUCACUGCCGGGGCCCAGCACAAGCGCUGGCGCAAUGACAGCUGGCGAAGGUGGCGGCGGCGGCGGCGGCGGCGGCGGUGGCGGUCAGGAGCAGGACCCGGCAUUGGACCUGGCCCCCGAGCUGCAGGCGUUCCUGGACAGGGUAGUGGAAGCAGACACGAAGCUAAAGCAACAGAGCCGCGCAGCAGGCGGCGCCAGCGCCAGCAGCCGCACCAGCCGCGGUGUGCCCUUCACACACCAGAUGACGGCGGCGGAGGCGACCGCCGCGUUUCUAGAAUCGCAGAAGCGGCAACAAGGCCAGACACGGCCAGCGGCUCCCUCCAAACCCCCCACCAAGACCCGCACCGGCAUCAGCGCCAAUGGCGGCACUGACGGCGGUGCCAGCAGCACGCCUGCCCGGCUACGGCCGCUGGGCGGCCGCGGCCAGGCCAUUGCAGCCAUCCUGGAAGGCCGCCUGGGGCGUGCAGCCGCCUCAACCGCCACCGCCGCUGCAGCCACCACCACAGGUUGCACCGGCACCAAAACGACUGCCCCGCUCAACAGCAGCAGUGCUUUCGGCGCCGGCGGCAUUAGCACCGGCGCUGGCGGCGGCGGCGGCGUGUGGGACAUGCGGUACAUACGGCCGCUGCCGGAGGGUCUGCCGCAGCUGGCGCGAGUGUUUCUGGCGGCAUCGCGGCGGCAGGGGCUGGCGCUGCCGCUGCCCGGGGCGAUUGCGGCGUACGUGGCGGCGGCGGGGCGGCGCGGGGGGCUGGACAUGCGGGGCUGGGCGCUGGCGGACGUGCUGGACGUGGCGGCGUACGUGACACACGGCCAGGUGGUGCACCGAGGCUUUAUUGAGCAGCUGCGGCGCGCCCUGUUGGACCGCUGGGGCGAGCUGGGUCCGGGCCAGCUGUCGGAGCUGCUGGCGGGGCUGCACCGCCUCAACACACACGACCGGCUGGGCGCACACAGCAGGCCCGGGCAGGGCGCCUCCGGCCUGCUGCGCCUGCUGGUGAUGGAGGCCGACGAGCACGUGCGCGCCGCGCUGGAGGCCACGCGGCAGGCGCGCAGCGCGGCGCCGCCGCCGGCGGCGCGCGCGGUGGCGGCGGCGACUACGUCGCCGCCGCGGCGGGGCGCCGGGGCCGGCGCGGGGCGGACGGUUGUGGGGGCAGUGGCGGCGGGUGGGGGUGCAGGUGGCGGGGACAGGAGCCGGGUGCUGCCGCCGGGUGCGCCGCUGCGGCUGGCUCGCGCCUACGUGUCCUUCCUGGCUGCCGCCGCCGACCGGCGCCAGAGCUGGUCGCUGUGUGUGACGCUGCGCGGCACGUUGCAGCAGGCGGUGCAGCUCAUGGCCGCGCCUUGCAGUCCUGGUAGCAGCGGCGGUGAGGCCGGCAGCCGCAGCAGCAGCGGUAGCAGCAGCGACGGUAGCAGCAGCAGCAGCAGCAGCAGCAGCAGCAGCAGCAGCAGCAGCAGCGGCGGCGGCGGCGGGGGCAAUGCGAGCGCAGUCAGAACGGCUGGUGACGUGAGGGGCGGCGGGGGAGCAAGCGGCGGCGGCGGAGGCGGAGGCGGGGCUGCGGCGCCGUGUGAGCUGGAUGACCCGGUGGCGGUGCCGGCGGAUGAGCUGGCGAGGCUGGUGGCGGCGAUGCAGGUGCUGCCCAAGUCCGAGUGCGAGCAGCUGAGGGCGGAGAUGAACAGGUGCGGGGACGCACUGCUGCGCCGCGCACCGCAGCUGUCGCGGCCGGCCCGGACGCUGCUGCUGGGGGCGCUGCAGGAGGCGGGCGGGGCGGACUGGGAGCUGCGCGGCCCGCUGGCGGCACGGCUGGUGGAGCUGCAGGCUGGGGCGGAGGCUGAGGCGCGGCAGCAGCAGCAGCAGCAUGAGCAGCAGCAGCAGGCCCUCAGGCCGGAAGCGUAGGGGCGUAGGGGUUGAGGGUGGGCUCCGAGGUGCCAGAGCUGCAUUGCGUGGUGCCUGGGAGCGGUGACUGCGGUGCAUGCUAGGCCGACAUGUGUGUGUGUGUGUGUGUGUUAAAAAGCACAAGAAGAAUAAGCGCAAAGACUGCAGAUGUGCAGCAGCAACACGACCAAUAUGUGGGUGUGUGGGUGUGGGUGUAGGCCGCGUACUUGCAAGGGCAUUCUGUGCUAGGCACGUGCGGUGUGCGACGGGUGCACGUGUGUAACACGUCCUGUCAUCCAGGUCACCUGUGGGGCUGCAAGCACGGUUAUGGCAGAAGGAUCACCAGGGCAGAUGAGGUGACCGGGCGCGCCUCAGAAGGGCCCAGCGGGGCUGACCGGGCUGUCCAGCCUUGCUUCACUCAAACCCAGGGGAUGUCCACCCUUGCUUCGCUCAAACCCAGGGGAUGUCCACCCUUGCUUCUCUCAAACCCAGAAGUGUGGGCAGAGCGGGUUUGUACCUGACAAACCUUGGCACACUCGCGAGGACUGUACACCUUGCAUUCUUGCGUGGCAGGUGCAGGAGCGGGCAAGCAUGGGGCGGGGGCUGGCGGGUACGGCGUUAGGGACCGUUGGUGCGUUCAUUCUGAAGCUCGUUGCGC